AUGGUAAUGAGAGGAGCAGCCUCGGAGCACCGCCUCCUGCCCUCGGCCGAGUGGCGCCAGGGCCACAGCCGCUUUAUAUCAGGCCAGGCCAGGGCCGCCGGGCGCUCGGCAGCCGCCCGCAGGCCCGAGGGCAAGCUGAAGCGCCCGCCCACGCUGCCCGGCAGCCUGGGCAGGCUUCAUGCACCCAUCCGUGCCGACGCUGUGAAUGCUUCGCCAUCUGAGAGCUCCUCAUCUUGUCCAGGGCCCGCAUCUGCUUCUGACAUGUCUCUGCUUCAUGCUUUGGGCCCAGUGCAGACCUGGCUGGGGCAAGAGCUGGAGAAAUGUGGCAUCGAUGCCAUGAUUUAUACGCGCUAUGUCCUCAGCCUUCUGCUGCAUGACAGCUAUGACUACGACCUGCAGGAACAGGAGAAUUACAUCUUCCUGGGCUGGGAGAAGGGAGCUUAUAAGAAAUGGGGAAAGAGUAAGAAGAAGUGUUCAAAUCUGACUGUAGAGGAAAUGAAAAAGCAAGCUGCUGUCCAGUGUCUCCGAUCUGCUUCUGAUGAAAGCUCUGGCAUCGAGACCUAGGUGGAGGAGCUCUGCUGCAGACUGAAAGACCUGCAGAGUGAGCAAGAAGAGAAAAUUCACAAAAAGUUGGAGGAGUCUCCAUCUCCGGAGGUAGAAUUAUCCCCCACAGAGAAAGAUCAAGUGGAGAUGUACUAUGAAGCAUUUCCACCACUUUCUGAGAAACCAGUUUGCCUGCAAGAAACCAUGACUGUGUGGAACAAGUCCAAGGCCUGUUCUUACUCCAGCUCCUCUUCAUCAUCCACAGCCACCCCAGUGAGCACAGACAAGUCCUCUCCCAAGGACUGCAACAGUGAAAGUGAAGUCAUCAAGGAAAGAAGCCCCGAAGGGCCCACCACUGUGCACGAGAAAGCCCAGAGCAGAAGCAGACAUAAGAAGGAGAACAAACUGAGCAACGGCACUGUGGAAGAAAAAUCUGCCUUGUACAAAAAGCAGAUCAGACACAAACUGGAAGGGAAGAUGCGCCCUCCCUCCUGGUCUUCCGGCUCUAGUGAAGGAGGCUCGAGUUCAAGUGGUAAUCAGGGAGAAAUCAAAGCAUCCAUGAAGUACGUUAAAGUAAGACAUAAGGUGCGGGACAUUCAAAACAAGAAAGGGCGGAAUGGGCAAAGCAGGCUGUCCCUGAAACACGGGGAGAAGGCAGAGAGAAGAGUGCAUGUGGGCGGCAACAGAAGCAGCAGCAGCGGCGGGUCCAUCAGGCAGCUGUGCAAGCGGGGUAGGCGACCAGUGAAGGAGGCAGGGAGAAGAGAUCCUGGGAGCACUGGAGGGAAAGAGCUGUAUACAGAGAGCAGAAACGACAAAGAAUAUAAAGAGGAGCCGUUGUGGUACACCGAACCGAUUGCUGAGUAUUUUGUUCCUUUGAGCAGGAAGAGUAAACUAGAGACCACAUACUGAAACAGACAGGAAUCAAGUGCUCUGACACCGGAUGCAGUGGGAGACUUGUCUGAAUCUGUGCGUGGCCUUUGUAUCAGCAGCAGUAACACUCACAAGACAUACCUCGCAGCAGGCGCUUUCAUUGAUGGCCAUUUUGUAGAAAUGCCUGCAGUUAUAACUGAGGAUGUUGACCUCACUGGGACCUCAUUAGGUUCUCUGCCAGAGGACAACAAAUACCUGGAAGAUAUUCAUCUGUCAGAAUUAACACACUUCUAUGAAGUGGAUAUUGAUCAAUCCAUGUUGGAUCCUGGUGCCUCAGAAACAAUGCAAGGAGAAAGUUGGAUCUUGAAUAUGAUUCGACAAAAAAGCGAAGAGAAUACAAAUUUUGAGGCAGAAUGUUGCAUAGUGUUAGACGGUAUGGAGUUGCAAGGGAAACAUGCAAUAUGGACAGAUUGUACCAGCUCUGUGGGUGCUGAGGGCUUGUUCUUGCAAGACCUUGGCAAUCUGGCUCAGUUUUGGGAGUGCUGUUCGUCAAGCUCUGGUGAUCCCGAUGGGGAGAGCUUUGGAGGAGACUCUCCAGUUAGACUCUCUCCGAUCUUGGACAGCACAAUGCUCAAUUCACACUUACUUGCUGGCAAUCAAGAGCUCUUCUCAGAUAUUAAUGAAGGAUCUGGUAUAAACUCUUGUUUUUCAGUGUUUGAAGUGCAAUGCAGUAAUUCUGUUUUACCAUUUUCUUUUGAAAUGCUCAACUUGGGAAAUGAAAAUACAGAUUCUAGUGCUAAUAUGCUUGGGAAAACACAAUCUAGAUUGCUAACAUGGACCAAAAAUAGUGCCUUUGAAGAAAAUGAACACUGUUCUAAUCUUUCAACGAAAACUUGUAGUCCAUGGUCCCAUUCAGAAGAAACACAUUCUGACAAUGAGACAUUGAACAUUCAGUUUGAAGAAUCCACACAGUUUAAUGCAGAUGAUAUUAAUUAUGUAGUUCCUAGAUUCUCAUCAAAUUAUGUAGAUGGAGAACUUCUAGAUUUUUUGCAAGAUGAAACUUGCCAGCAAAACAGUAAAACUUUAGGAGAAAUUCCAACUUUAGUUUUCAAAAAAAGAUCCAAACUAGAGUCUGUCUGUGGUAUUCAGCUAGAACAAAAAACAGAAAACAAAAACUUUGAAACUGCACAAGUAUGUAGUGAAAGCAGUCCACAUGGAGAUGGCUACAGCUCAGGGGUUAUUAAAGACAUUUGGACAAAGAUGGCAGAUAGAAAUUCUGUGGCUACAGUAGAAAUAGAAAGAAUUGACGAUGAGUUGUUUUCAAUAGAUGUAAAUAACUACUGCUGCUGUUUAGAUGCUGAAGCUAAAAUGGAGACCCUUCAGGAGCCCAGCAGGGCAGUGCAGAGGUCUGAAUAUCACCUCUGGGAGGGACAGAAAGAAAACCUGGAGAAGAGAGCCUUUGUGUCCUGCGAGCUCUCCAAGGUGGGUGGUGGUGAUUACACCACACCCUCUAAACCUUGGGCUGUGGCCCAAGAUAAAGAGAAUGCUUUCAUUCUUGGGGGAGUCUAUGGAGAACUCAAAACUUUCAGUAGUGAUGCGGAAUGGGCAGUUGUGUCACCAGGCCACACAAAAGGAAGCUUGCUGCAGUGUGCAGCUUCUGACAUCGUGACCAUAGCCAGAACAGACAUCUUUAUGACCCCAGGAAACAGCUUUGCUCCUGGUCACAGGCAGUUGUGGAAACCCUUCAUGUCAUUUGAACAGAAUGAUCAGCCGAAGAGCGGGGAAAAUGGGUUAAAUAAGGGAUUUUCUUUUAUCUUCCAUGAAGACUUACUAGGAGCUUGUGGUAACUUUCAGGUUGAAGAUCCUGGACUUGAAUAUUCAUUCUCUUCCUUUGACCUAAGUAAUCCAUUUUCACAAGUUCUUCAUGUAGAAUGUUCAUUUGAACCUGAAGGGAUUGCAUCUUAACCCACUUUUAAACCCAAAUCAAUCCUCUGCUCUGAUUCAGACAGUGAAGUAUUUCACCCUCGGAUAUGUGGCGUCAACAGGACACAGUACAGAGCCAUCCAGGUCUCUCCCAGGACUCACUUCGGCCCAAUCUCUGCAUCAGAACUGUCCCCAGGAGGAGGGAGCGAGUCAGAGUUUGAGUCUGAGAAAGACGAAGCCAGUGUUUCUAUUCCACCUCAAGCUGAUGUAUUUGAAGAUCCACAGGCAGAUCUCAAACCUCUGGAAGAAGACGCAGAGAAAGAAGGCCAUUACUAUGGAAAAUCAGACCUUGAGUCUGGGAAAUUCCUUCCCAGAUUAAUAAAGUCUGGAAUGGAAAAGAGUGCUCAGACAUCACUAGAUUCCCAGGAGGAGUCGACUGGGCUUUUGCCGGUUGGAAAGCAAAAUCAGUGUCUGGAAUGUAGCAUGAGUGAAUCUCUGGAAAUAGAUAUAGAAAGCUCAGAAGCAAAUUGUAAAAUAAUGGCACAAUGUGAGGAAGAAAUUAAUAAUUUUUGCAGUUGCAAAGCAGGUUGUCAGUUCCCUGCUUAUGAAGAUAAUUCAGUUUCUUCGGGACAGCUGGAAGAGUUUCCUGGAUUGAACACUAAUGUGCAAGAAAUGCGUAGAAGUCAAGAAAAGCAGACCUAGUGGGAAAAAACCUUGUACUCUCCCCUUUUUCCUGCAUCAGAAUGUGAAGGAUGUUAUACAAAUGCCAAGGGAGAGAAUGGUAUAGAAGAAUAUCCAGAUGUUAAAGAAAUACCCGGUAAUGAAAAGCAUCUGUUAGAUUUUAAUAGGGCUUCUUCUGUCUCUGAAGCACGGUGCACCGGAGAGGGUGGUCCUGGGGCCCAAGCAAAUGGCCUCUGUAGGAAGAUGUGCUCCAGCGCCAGCCCUGACCCCAGAGACUCAGGCUCCGACGGUGGUGGCGAGUGGGUGGACCCUCAAGAGGAGGAGCUCUUCUCCAGGACUCACCUCUGACCUCACACCUAGUGUGAGUGCUUUCUCAGUGCUGUGUGACGGGAAACCACCCCUUUGAGACCUAUUCAUCUAAAGCAACAACAUAGGUUUCCUCUUGGAGUAACUGAUUCCAAUCCGUGAUUCUUUCUUCUUGCUUAUUUUAGCAUUGAGGACCGCUGUCCUGUGGAGAUCUCUUUCCCAGCUGUUCAUUCUUGCUAUUGAAUAGACUAGAUGUGCUGUCCGGUCCAGAAUGGUGUGCAUGUGCUCAUCCUAGAGGUGUCACUGCUCUUGCCUCGCAGCCACAGGCCUCUCCUUCUCACUCGGUGACAUCUCUGUCACCUGUCGUCAGCACUAUGGUGCCAGCACUACUUCUGCUGUUUAGAGACUUUAGCUUUGGAACAUUUAGCUGUGUUCUCUAAGCACUGGGAGAUCAUUCUCACCCUGCAGUGGAUCGGUCCUUUCCGGGGAGGGAGGGAAGCAUGGGUGACUUGUCCCCAUCUUCGUUCAGAAGAAUCUCAUGAACAUGGACAUAGGAGUGCAAGGGUGUGCGUGCGUCUAGAGACUUUCAGAAUACUGUGUUUUCUACCCUGGGAUUUCCCCCUUAAGUAUCGUGAGAUACUCCGGUGUGUGUCUUUCUUGCUAACUGGAGGUGCCAAGGAUUUGGGGCGUGGGGUGGGACACUUGCCUGAGUGGGUGCUGCAGUGCAUCCACAUCGAAAUGCAGUCAGGGCUCCAGAGAGUCUGGAACAUGGGGGAGGACCUUGGUUGUGGAUUGUGGUUUUUCUGGCGACUGUUGAAUCAGAGCCCCCAAAACUUGAAAUCAAGAGCAUUGGACAUGCAAUAAAGGCCCCUGUCACCCACAGAAACCUUCGGCUGCUGCAGCUGACUGCUCUCAUGGUGAGGUGUAGUGUGGCUGCUCUCAUCGUGUCUGAGAGGAUAUCCUGGGCGAGUUCUGUGUGCCGUGGUGGGUGGUAGAGCCCUUCUCCACGUGGCCCUGUGAUUGCUGUCCUGUCAGCACCACAUGUGACUUAGUCACCCAGGGAGUCAGUUUGUCUUUUGCAUCCGUACCUGCUGAUACCUCCUGGAGCUCUCCUGACACUGACACUGUGUGGCAGGGUCAAGCUGGGAGGGGCCAUAUCAGC